AUGGGCGCUAGUCAGGCGUUGCAUUUCAUCCAGCUGCUCGCUGUGCUUGACAGACUCGUCGGCAGCUUGGUGCAAACCUUUCUCGCGGGCCUCAGCCUACUUGUUCUGUGCAUGCAGCUGCUCGACGAAGACUUCUUGUUGGCGGCACUGCUCCUCAUGCUCAUUCAUCAGCCGAUUGUUCAUUUCCAUAUGUUUCUGCGAAUGCAACUGUUGUUGAUGGUGCAGGUGCACCACCUGCUCCUAGGUAUGUCGCGUCUGGGCGCCGACAGCAUUCUGCACGUCGUCUAG